UUUUUAGGUUGUUUUUUUAUUGCAGAUGUUGCGUCGACGUCUGCUUGUGGCAUUUGACUUUGAUCAUACUAUGGUAGAAGAGAAUAGUGACAUAGUCGCUCGUAAGCUGAUCCAUGUAGACUUGAUACCUGAGAAAGUUCGUAGACUGUAUCAGACAAGUGGGUGGACCCAGUACAUGGCUGAAGUGUUCAAACUGUUGUACAAAAAUAAAGUAAAGAAAGAAAUGAUCCUUGGAGCAAUGCACAACUUGACGCCCACACCAAACAUGCAGGAGCUCCUCAAGGUUUUAAAAGUGGAAGGGCAUGAAACAAUCAUCAUAUCAGACUCAAAUUCAGUGUUCAUUGAAGAAUGGUUGCAACAUAAGAACCUCCAAGAAUGCGUGAAACAUGUUUUUACAAACCCGGCGAGUUUUGAUGAAAAAGGUCUUCUCUCGAUCCAACCAUACCAGGAUCAGAACUGGUGUGAUUUGAGCACUCGAAAUCUGUGUAAAGGUUACAUUCUUGAAACUUAUCUGAAGGAGAGACAAACUGAGGGAGAAAGUUUUGAUGCUGUAGUGUACGUGGGAGAUGGACAGAAUGAUUUGUGUCCUGCGCUCAAGUUGAAAGAAAAUGACUUUGUGUUCCCCAGAGCAGGGUUUCAAUUAGAAAAUUCACUAAAAGACUCCACGUUUCAGGGUAAACUUGCUGCCAAAGUUUACAUAUGGACUUCAGCUGAUGAAAUAAGAAAUAAUCUAGAAAGCGUUUUAUAAACAUUCCAUUUAAUUUAUAGUAUUUCAACACACAUAAUUCAAUUUAUAAACAUUUCAUAUAAAAUUGUACUCUUUAAAGAGGUAUAUCCCCCAUCUCGAAUUUUGAAAUAAAUGUUUGUACCUUGCCAUUCAUUUAUUAAAAAAAAAUAAUUUCAUAUUGAGUAGCAUAUGACAGGACUAUGUUAAUCUAAGUCAAGUGAAGAACAUUUAUUAUAAUCAAGCGAAUGUUAAAAUCUGAUUCGUAAUAUGUGAACAUUUUGUUUAUAACAACAACAAACAGUUAUAGUUUGAAUUUAAAUUGUUUUACAAUAAGGAAGUGAUUAGCCAAUCACAUUUUUGUUUUAGUAUCUUGACUUAACAAAUGGAACAAAAAAUUGGUCUUCUGCUAUGGUGCAUGGUUGUUUAAUACAAUCAUGUAUACAGUGCAAAUUUAUUUAAUUAUUAAGACAUUAGU